ACCACAUCAAUAGACUUGCAAGGUCCAAUUUUCGUUCAUGAACCAGCACAUAAAAUUGAAUUCUCAAAUAACACAGGAGGGCAAAUUCAUUGUUCAGGACAUGCAAAUCCUUAUCCUGAGGUUGAAUGGUCACCACCGGUUCAUAAUCAUGAUUUACUAAAAGUCCUUUCAAACGGCACACUUGUUUUUUAUCCGUUUGCUGUGGAAAAAUAUCGACAUGAUGUACACGCUUCGGUUUAUAGAUGUAAAUUGAAAAAUUUAGUAGGAACUAUAAUAAGUAGAGAAGUUCAUGUCAAGGCUGUUAUCAAUCAAAAAUUUUCUGUGCAAGUUCACGAUGAAUAUGUUAUUUCUGGCAAUACUGCUGUGCUGAAAUGCAAAGUGCCAAGUUUUGUAUCUGAAUAUGUUAGUGUUACAGAAUGGAUUCAAAAUAAUGGGCUUCACCUUUAUCCGAACACUGAAAUGGGUGGAAAGUACAGUGUUUUGGAGAAUGGUGAUUUGUAUAUUACAAAUGCCGGUCCAAAUGAUGCUCACACUACUUAUGAAUGCCGAACAGUUCAUCAUUUAACUGGAGAAAUUCAAAUGAGUGCAUAUCCGGGAAGAAUUAUUGUUACCGAACCCAAAGGCUACGUUCAGCCUCGAAUUAAUGCAGAGAAACAAGUGUCAAAGAAUGUUAAUGCUAAUGGUCAAAUUGUUCUCCCAUGCAUUGCACAAGGCCAUCCACCUCCAAGUUACAAAUGGUUUAAAGAACUGAGCGAUCAACUUUUUCCCAUCCAAAUGAACGACAGAAUUUAUAUGAUGAGUGAAGGACUUUUAAAAAUUUCCAAAGUUAAAAUUGAAGAUAGUGGUAAAUAUUUAUGUUGGGUGAAUAAUAGUGCUGGUGAAGAGACAAUUCAAAUAACUCUCACAGUAACUGCUCCACUUUCUGUUCAUCUUCAGCCUCAAAAUCAAGUUGUCGAUGUAGAUAAGAAUGCAGAGUUUCAAUGCAUCAUCAGUGGUUUUCCUGUGGGAAAAGUUUUAUGGAUGCAUAAUGGAAAGCCACUUAUUGCUGACGGUCGUGUGGAGAUUAAUGUUGACCCUUCUCGAUUAGUGCUCAAAAAGGUUCAAAAAGAAGAUCAGGGAAUGUAUCAAUGUUUCAUAUCUAAUGAAUGGGAAGAACUUCAAUCAACUGCUGAGCUUCAACUAGGAGAUGCAACGCCAGAACUUUUAUAUUGGUUUUCAGAACAAACACUUCAGCCAGGUCCAACUGUUUCACUAAAGUGUGUGGCGACUGGUCAUCCACCGCCGCAAUUUGAAUGGAAACUUGACGGAUUUCCAAUUCCUGAAAGUUCACGGUUUCUGAUUGGACAAUACGUCACAGUACAUGACGAUGUCAUAUCUCAUCUAAAUAUUUCAAAUAUCAAAGUAGAAGAUGGUGGCGAAUACGCAUGUAUAGCACGAAACAACAUCGGGAAGGUAGGUCAUAGUGCACAAGUGAAUGUUUAUGGCAUUCCUUUCAUUAGAGAAAUGCCAAAACUUACAUGGGUAUCCGCAACUGAUCUGAUUGUGAAAUGCCCAGUUGCUGGAUUUCCAAUCGAAAGUAUUCGUUGGGAGCGAGAUGGGCAUUUGUUGCCAGUUAAUCGACGGCAAACAUCGUACAGCAAUGGAACACUAUUAAUUGAACAACUUCAACGAAGUGAAGAUGCAGGAACUUAUACAUGCAUGACACAAAAUAAACAGAAUCAAACCUUUCGACGAAAUGUUGAAAUUCAAAUUCUGGUGCCACCAAAAAUUAUGCCAAUACAGUCAAUGACAAAUAUGUUAAGAGAAGGGAUGCGUGCAGCAAUAUCAUGUCAAAUAUUGGAAGGAGAUUUGCCAGUCUCAUUUCGUUGGGAGAGAAAUGGAAAACAAAUUCUUGGUACAGGAAAUGAAGUUAUUCGACGCAUUGAUGAAUACAUAACAAGUCUUCUUAUUGAGAAGAUAACAUCCGGCAACUCUGGAAACUACACUUGUAUAGCAAGUAAUGUGGCAGGUUCGGAGAAGUUUACAGUGCCAUUAACUGUUAAUGUCCCACCGAAAUGGUUAGUGGAACCGAAAGAUACAAACGUUCAAGCUAAUUUAGAUGCUACGCUGAAUUGUCAAGCUGAUGGUUAUCCGGCACCAACAAUAACGUGGAAAAAAUCCUUUGGAAAAAGUCCUGUUGAUUAUAGAGAUUUUUUAUUUGAACCAAAUAUUUCUUUACAAAGUAAUGUUAGAAAGCAAGAUCUUGACAAUGGAAUGAUUUCGGAAUUGGGAAUUUCUCAUACUUAUCGACAAGAUUCUGGCACAUAUGUUUGUAUGGCUAAUAAUGCAUUUGGUCAAGAUGAUCUUAUUAUUCAAUUGAUUGUGCAAGAAGUUCCAGAAAUUCCAAAGAAUGUUCAUUUAAAUUCACAACAAUCCCGAAACAUUCAAAUUUCUUGGAACGUUCCUUUCAGUGGUAAUAGCCCAAUAGAAGAAUAUGUGAUUCAAUAUAAAUCCAUUUCCGAUAACUGGCAAAAAGCUGACAAAUCGCAUGUUACUGGUAGUCGUUUGCAAGCAACAAUUUCGAAUCUUCAACCAGCGAAAGCUUAUCAUGUAAGAAUUGCAGCCGAGAAUAAAUUCGGAUCAUCAGAUUAUUCAGAAAUUAUUCAAGUGACGACUCUUGAGGAAGUCCCUUCAGGACCACCAACCAAUGUUAAAGCAAAAACGCAAAGCUCUACUGAGAUUCAUGCUUCAUGGGAUUCUCCUGAGAGAGAAAAAUGGAAUGGAAACCUGCUUGGCUAUUAUGUUGGUUAUCAAUUAGUUGAUAACCUUACUAAAGCUGCUGACACUUCACCAGAUGCCGGAUAUUUUUUCAAAACAGUUGAGGUUCAAUCUCACUUUGGUGGAGAAGUAAUGCUUACUGGUUUGAAGAAAUUCUCUGCAUAUAAAAUCAUUGUUCAAGCAUAUACAAGUCAGGGUAGCGGACCUACAUCCAAGGAACUCAUUAUAAGCACAAUAGAAGAUGUUCCAUCUCUACCACCAGAAAAUCCAAAAUGUGACGUGUUAAGUUCAAAUUCCAUUUAUGUAACUUGGUCACCACCAAGAAAAGAUGGACAGAAUGGAAAUAUUCGCGGUUAUAAAAUAGCUUUCGUUGCUGAAGAUGAUUAUCAUGCAAAAGAACCAACAAUCGUUUCGACAACAAAUCAAUACUAUACCAUUGACAAUGCUAGGAAACAUACAAAUUAUACAAUAACUGUUCUCUCAUUCACAAUUGUUGGUGACGGUGUUAAAACUAAAAAAUUUCAUUGUACAACUUAUGAAGAUGUUCCAAGUGCACCUCAAAAAAUAAAAGCAAUUCCUUCGUCAAGCACCAAGAUCAUCGUGUCAUGGUUACCUCCAAAGCAAAAAAAUGGAGAAAUUACGGGCUACACAUUUUACAUGAGUGUCGUGGAAGGUGGUCGAGAUGAAGGAACUCAUAAGAGAGUUUUGGGACCAAAUGUUGAGCAGUAUGAAAGUCAAAGGCUACAAGAACAAGCAACUUAUCAAUUUUGGGUGACAGCAUCAACAAAAGUUGGUGAAGGAGAAAAAACCAAUGUGGUGGAAGUCGCACCGAACAACAAAGUUCCAGCUCGAAUUGUCUCAUUUGGACAAGUAAUUAACACACCAUGGAAAGAAGAUGUAUCGUUAGCAUGUAAGAAAGUAGGCGUACCUUCCCCCAGCACAAUUUGGCGACAAGACACUGUGCCAAUUGAAUCCAAUUCCAAGAAGUUCAUCGUCAAAAAUGGAACAUUAUUCAUUCGGGAUUGUCAGAGAACAGAUGAAGCUAAUUAUACUUGUACUGUCGAAAACACUUGGGGAAGAGAUGAAAUAGUUUACACAAUUAAAGUUUUCGUUCCACCCGAUCCACCAUCAUUAACAGUCGUAGAUAUUUUCAGCGAUAGUUUAAUGUUGCAAUGGUCAAACAGUAAAAAUGGCGGAACAUUAAUCCUUGGCUAUGUAAUUAACUUUAAGAAAGAUAGCGGAGAUUGGGAAGAGCUACAAGUCGAUUCAAAGAAGAAUUCGCACCUUCUCAAAAAUCUCUUGUGUGGCACCAAAUAUCAACUUUAUAUCACAGCUUUUAAUAAGAUUGGAACGGGUCUUCCAUGUGAGAUUGUGAACACACAAACAAAAGGACUCGUUCCAGUUCAACCAAAGCAUUCACAAAUGAUUACAAAUAAUUCAACGACAGUUACAUGUUGGCUCGAUUCAUGGGGUGAUGGAGGUUGCGGUAUAUCGUACUUUGUUAUCGAAUGUCGUAUUUUUGGACGAUUGAAUUGGAAUAUGAUAUCAAAUCAUGUGUCAUCGACUGAACGAAUAUUCACAGUGACAGAUCUCUUGCCAGCUACUAAAUAUCAACUUAAAUUAACAGCUCAUAACAAUGCAGGUUCUACUACUGCGAUUUACGAUUUUACAACACUUACAGCUCAGGGCUUGACAUAUAACAGCAUCGAUCAUAAUGUAAUUGAGGCAAAUGAACACAGCUACAUCACUGCGAACAGAAAAAUAAUCAUCCCCGUAUUGCUGUCAUUAUUCAUUCUAUUCGGCUUAAUAGCAGCCAUUCUGAUAAUCAGAAAAAAAAAAGCUACAGAACAAAAUAAUGUUUUAAGAUCAAUGCAACCUGAGCCUUCAUCGAUUGCAAACAUCAUGUGCAAGAAUAAUAGUGAUCUUAAUUAUCCCGUUGCUAGAAUUCAUAACAAUAACUUAAAUCUUAACUCAAUAGAAGCUAAUAAAUAUAAAAUCGAUGGAAAUGAGUACAUCGAAGAUUUGUGCCCUUAUGCAACUUUCCAAUUAAACAAGCAAACAUACAGCGAAAGUUCUUACAGCGGAAAUGUUUAUAGUGGUCCCUACCAUUCGGUUCGAGGUUCAUUUGUUUAUCAUGGAAAUAAGAGUGAUAGUCACAGAACAAAGGAGCCAGAAUAUACAAAAGUUCGUCGUUCUGGUUCUCGACUGAAAAGCUCAGACUCUCAAGACAUUCAGUAUCUUGAAUCAGAUAAUCCAGGUUCAACAGAUUCAGAAGUUCGAAAGAUUCUUACUCUUCAUAUACCGAUCACAGAAUAUGAUACAUUAGGCUCUGAAUCUGAUAAUGAGUGGUCAGCAAAAUCAUUGAAGAAAGGUAAACAUAAAUCAAAAAGAGAAAAUAUCGAAGAUACGUCUUCAUCAUCAGAAAACUCUCCAACGAAUUUAUCAACAUUGCAUAAACAAUCGUAUCCAUCACGAAAAUCAGCUAGAUCUUCAGCCAUAAUGAAAAGACAUGUAAGAAGUUCUAGUGGCUAUUCAAGUCACAACGAGGAGACGUCUUUUAGCAUAGCAAAGUAUCCAAACACGUACACCGAAAUCGGCCCACCAACAAGAUUCUCUGAUAAUGUCAAUGGUGACACGUCAUUUGAGAAACGAGAAAAGACUUCAAGUUCACCACGCCAAGCAAAUGAUUUAAAAAGACUCUGUGAACAACAAGAUUUUCCUCAUUUGUUAUUUUUUGGACCAAACAGUGCCGGAAAGAAAACAAGAAUCAUGUGCUUACUGCGAGAACUUUAUGGACCGAAUGUAGAAAAACUGAGAAGUGAAACUUUAACUUUCACAGCUCCAUCAGGUCGAAAGAUAGAAAUCACAACAGUGGCAAGUAAUUAUCAUAUCGAAGUUAAUCCUUCUGAUGCGGGAAUUUAUGAUCGAGUUGUUAUCAGCGAUAUAAUUAAACAAAUAGCUCAGACAAAUAUUAUUGAUCCAAGUGGACAGCGUGAAUUUAAAGUGAUUGUUUUGUCAGAGGUUGACGAGCUUACAAAAGAUGCACAGCAUGCCUUAAGAAGAACAAUGGAAAAAUAUGUUGCAACUUGUCGUCUGAUACUUUGCGUAAACUCAACAUCUCGUGUUAUUCCAGCAAUCAAAAGUCGUUGCCUUGGUAUAGGAGUCGCCGCACCAACAAAAGAAGAAAUCAUCAAUAUUUUGAAUUUGAUUUGUCAAAAGGAAAAUCUUCAGCUUCCCAAAGAACUUGCAGCAGAAAUUGCCUCCAAAUCAGAUCGAAAUCUUCGUAGAGCAAUUUUAAUGUUGGAAGCUUGCAAAGUUCAAAAAUAUCCAUUUACAAAAACACAAGAAGUUCCUCAAGUUGAUUGGGAGAAAUAUCUGAACGAAACUGCACAUCAAGUUAUUCAAGAACAAAGUCCUCAAAAGUUAGCGCAAAUUCGUGAGAGACUUUAUGAACUUUUGUCGCAAGGAAUUCCACCGAAUGUCAUUUUUAAAGGUCUUGUCGUUAAUUUCACGAACAGUUGCGAAACAGAACUUAAAGCGGAAACUUUGAAGUUAGCCAGUUUAUAUGAACAUAGAAUGCAACUUGGAAGCAAACAAAUCUACCAUCUUGAAGCGUUUGUUGCUCAUUUCAUGAGUUUAUAUAGAAAAUACAUUUUACAAGCUGCAGAAAGUAUGGAUUUUGAUGAUCAAUUUUGAUUCGUUUUGUAUUAAAUUGAAGAAUUAAAUAAAGCUGCAGGUUUUCAAUUGA